AUGAGUAGGUUUUCUCUGAUGAUGUCAGUGGCCAUACUAAUGACAAUUUCGUUAGUAUUUCAUAUCAUUCCAAAUAUCACUACGCCGGUGAUAGAUCAUUUGAUGUUAUCCCAACUUGAUGGUAUCCAAUUUGGUGUAUUUGGUUGGUGUAAUACAAAAGGUCAUAGUAUGGGUUGCAGUGGUCUAAGUAUAGGCUACCGUUAUCCCCAAUCAAGUUUAUUAGCUUUAAAAUUUCGUUUGCCUUCGGGGAUUAGAUACUCGGUGACAAGACUUUUAGUGGUCCAUCCUAUUGCAUUGGUGUUCGUAUUCGUACUUUGGUUGAUGAGUUUAUGUUUAUUCAUAGAAAAGUUAGGAACUUCAACUUCCUACACCUUAGGUGUAGCUUUGUUAUCUUUGCCUACUUUCUUAAUGUCCUUAUUGGCUUUCUUGGUGGAUCUGCUAUUGUUUGUGCCGACCGUGUGUUGGCCAGCAUGGAUGGUAUUGAUAGUGACCAUCUUCAUUGCCAUAUGCUGCUCUAUUCUAUGGUCUUUAAGAAGAUCGGCAAUCAUGAUCAACUAUGAAGCAUUAUAUUCGACUGGUGAUCAAGAUAAUCAAGUGGAAAUGGUAUCGCUUCCCGAUGCACAAAAACAAAAACUGAUAGAUAUGAAUGAAACCCAUGAUUCUGAUUGGAACAGCAGUUUAAUGCUGGAACCUGAAUUAACUUAUAGAGUACCUUAA